AUGGAUGAUCCCAAGGUCCAAACCGCUGAAACGCCUACGAGGUCUAUCUUAGACGCCGAAAAGGGUUCAGGAAAUGUAGAUCUCGAGGAGCUUGGCGAGCGAGAAGGCUAUGUCCUCGACACCUCUCUCGUGCAGAACCAGCACCAACACCAGCAUCUAAAGACCACACCAGAUGGCAAAACAGUGCUUAUUCCCCAGCCGAGCGAUUCACCCAAUGAUCCACUAAACUGGUCCUCAUUCCGUAAGCACUUGAUUCUUAUUGUGGUUUCCGCGACCGCGUUCUUGCCCGACUAUGGGAGUGCCACGGGGGCUGUGACGCUUAUCCCGCAGGCUGCGGCGUGGAACAUGACUCAAGACCAUGUCAACCACUCACAAGUGGGCAACGUCUUCAUGUUGGGUGCCGGUGGACCAUUAGUCGUCGCCCUGUCGGCGUACUUUGGACGGUUCCCCGUGCUAUUCUGGUUCGUAGUGAUUGCGCUCGCAACGGCGAUCUGGUGCACAGCUGCACAGUCAUUUGAGUCGUUCAUGGCUGCGCGUAUCCUGAAUGGUUUCUUUUCAACCGUCGCCCAGGGCGGUGGUCUUAUGUUCAUAAAAGACAUGUUCUUCUUCCAUGAACACCCGCGCAAGAUCAACAUCUGGAGCGCAUUCAUCGUGCUCUCACCAUACAUGGGCCCACUCUUUGCAGCAUUCAUAACGACGACGCAGAUCUGGCAAUGGGCAUUUGGCGUAUACUCGAUCGAGACCGGGCUGUGCCUGAUUGCGAUCGCGCUCUUUGUCGAAGAAACAUACUACGAUCGGCGCAACAAAAGCUACGAACUAGUGCCCAAUGGGCCGCGCUGGAAACGCAUGCUUGGAAUUCAGCAACGGCAGAGCGGGUACAUUGUCAAUACUGUCACAGACGCAGCGAUGAGACCGAUCAAGGUGAUUGUGAAGCCGGUUGUGCUCAUUGCGACGCUUUACUAUUUGCUUACCUUUGCAUGGGUUGUUGGCAUCAAUACGACGCUGAGUAUCUUCUUGGGACCAUUGUAUGGUUUCGGUUCUAAGCAAAUUGGUUUCUUCUAUUUCACCCCAAUCGUUGCCGCCAUCCUCGGUGAGGUCACCGGCCACUGGCUCCACGACAGUAUGGCAGCCCUCUCCUCCAAACGAAACGGAGGACGCCUUGAGCCUGAGGCACGUCUGUUGGCGAUCUACAUUGCAACGCCAUUUAUGGUAGCUGGCUUGAUCCUGCUGGGUUUCGCGCUGGAAGAAGCAUACCACUACAUGAUUGCCGCGCUCGGAUGGGGCCUGUACGUAUUUGGAAUCAUGAUCGUGACCGUCGCUAUCAACGCGUAUGUUCUCGACAGCUACCCCGAGGCGAGCGGGGAGGUUGCGGCGUGGAUUAACUUUGGCCGGACGACGGGCGGGUUCGUGGUAUCGUACUUUAUGGUUACAUGGGCAGGCGAUCAGGGUGCUAAGAGGCAGUUUGGGACCAUGACCGGCAUUAUCAGUGCGUAUGAUAUCAUCGAGUUGGUUGAAAUAGAGCGAUUUAUCCAGAAAACUGUUCUCAUUCUGUAUUCGUCUUCCAUUACCUUAACGUGGUGUUUGCGGAUGAGCGCGUCCUACAUCAUUUGUAACUUGAGGCACCUGUCCGGCUGUUUCUAA